AUGUCAACCAUGGCCUCCGAAAGGGAAGUCGUUGCGGAGAUUCCACCGCAGCCCGAUUUGGACACCAAGUCCGACACCACGGACGACGACCUCUCGCCGCCCGUCACCACGCCGCCCUCCGUGCCGACUCUACGCUCGACUCGCGACUCCUCCGCCGGUCUCAGCGCGUCCUCCACGCAUAUCGGACAACUCAAUGCCGCUCGACGGGGUGAGGGGACCGCCCCGCGAUCCCAGGGACCGGUUCCCCAGCGACCGCAACCGCAGGCGUCGAUGAGCGGCGUGGCUCAAGGAGGAUUGAAUCAGGAUAUCAUGGCCAAGAUGAAGGCCUUCUCGCUCUCCCGGCAGGGAGCUCCUCCGUCGCUGUCGCAUACGGCCUCCACCAGUGCAGUUCCUCGUUCCCCCGAUUCCGUCCGGUCGCCUCCCGGUCCCAGUGCCAACGGUCCGCUGGCAGGGGCAAUGACAGGGCGCCUCCCGCCCGUGGCUCGGCCCGGCAACAAGAACUGGCAGUCCUCCCCCUCGAUUCAAGCGUCCUCGCCGUCGAAUUCCCCGAGACCGGGCGGACUGGCCGCCAAGCGUAUGAAACCCGGGUUGAAGUUAUCGGAUGCCACGGGCCCGAGCAACCCGGGCGACAAACCGUCUGAGAACGGCGCUCCCACCGAGUCUGCGUUCAGCAAAUAUUCCGAAUACAUCGAUACGCAGGCAGGGACCCUGAAUUUCAAGAACAAGGCCAUUCUCCACGGCGGUGGAAUCGAAUUCUCCUCGGGGCAUAGCUUCAAGAUAUCGCUGGACGAGGUCGAUCGCCUGGACGAACUAGGCAAGGGCAACUACGGGACGGUAUACAAGGUUCGGCAUAGUCGGCCGCACAUGCGCAAACCAGGCAUGGGACUGCGAGGCAUCGUCAGUCGGCCCGACGAGACGGAUGGGCUGAAACCGAAUGACAACCUUUCGGGUAUCGUCAUGGCGAUGAAGGAGAUUCGCCUCGAGCUGGACGAGAGCAAAUUUGCACAGAUUAUCAUGGAGCUGGAAAUCCUCCACCGGUGCAUCUCGCCGUUCAUCAUUGACUUCUACGGGGCCUUCUUCCAGGAAGGCGCGGUUUACAUCUGCGUUGAGUACAUGGAUGGCGGCUCGAUCGAUAAGCUCUACAAGAACGGCAUCCCGGAGAGUAUCCUUCGGAAGGUGGCGUUAUCGACGGUCAUGGGCCUGAAGUCCCUUAAGGAUGAUCACAACAUCAUCCACCGCGAUGUCAAGCCCACGAAUAUCCUCGUCAACAGUCGGGGACAGGUCAAGAUCUGCGAUUUUGGUGUGAGUGGAAACUUGGUCGCCAGCAUUGCGAAGACCAACAUCGGUUGCCAGAGCUACAUGGCCCCCGAGCGCAUUGCGGGAGGGGGUGUGCAGCAGUCUGGCUCGACCGGCGGUGGAACCUACAGCGUCCAGAGCGACGUCUGGAGUUUGGGGUUGUCCAUUAUUGAAUGUGCCAUGGGGCGCUACCCCUACCCACCGGAGACGUUCAACAACAUCUUCAGUCAACUCCACGCAAUUGUUCACGGCGACCCCCCAAGUCUUCCGGAAUCCGGUUACUCUGAAGAUGCGCACGCGUUUGUUAACGCGUGCUUGAACAAGGUUCCCAACAACCGUCCCUCCUACGGCGUGCUGCUGCGGCAUCCCUGGCUUGCACCUCUCAUGCAGCCGCCUUCGGAAGAUGACAGCGAAGCCUCGCAACAAGCGGCAGAAAACCCUCUGUCCUCCGCCACCGAGGAUAAGGAAGUGGCCGACUGGGUGAAGGAGCAGUUGGCCCUUCGCGGCGAGACGCCCGAGGCUGAUAAGCCGGCCCUGCAUGCCGUGGCCCUCGACGCCGUCCCGGGCAGCCCUCUUCUCGAUGACCCUUCCACGAUGACCCUGCCAGCCUGA